UUAACAUAAAGCAGAAUGCGUCUAGGGAAGAAAAUAUUAUUUCAAGCACUGAUUUUAAUCAUGCUUUCUUUUAUUCUUUUUACAGAAAUAUUAAAAUCUGCGUUUGAAGAAGAAUAUGAAAAUCUAGAUGAAAAAAGACUGUUAAUAAACUUUGAUGAAGUUUUUCUAUACACGGCUUAUCCAGACAUUUCUGAAAGAACAUUUACUGUGCUGUCAGUGGUGAAAAGUUCAUUCAAAGCUUUAAACUGGAGCUGUUCAUGUUUUCAUAAAUUAGGUUUUGAGCAGGGAAAAUUAAGUUUGGAAAUUAUCCAAGAUGUGUGGAAUCUCGAGUAUCAAGCAGCUAAACUUCAAUGCACAAUAGAAUCAGACGCUGAGUGUAAGGAGCUUGAAAUAAGCAGACCAGGAAAUAUUUCUAUAAAAGUUAAAGUUUUCCGAAACACAAUUUAUCACGGAAAACUAGCUCUAUGUCUAAUGGGGCCUUUGAGGCUAGAAAAUGCAAGUUAUGCUUAUAGUACCCCUGAGUCUGUUAUGAAUAUGAUCGGGUACAUAGAAAAACAGAAACUUCUAGGAGUUAACAGAAUUUACUUUUAUGGUAUGGCAGUCGAAGAAAUACUGAUGGAAAUUAUAGAUUUUUACAGGAAGGAACGAGUAGUUGAGUACACACCCUGGAAAUUUCCGCUAAAUCCGAACCAGUUUCGAUAUUACGGUCAGGUUCUCUUGAUGCAUGACUGCAUGUACAGAACUCGUAAUGCGUUCAACUUUACCAUGUUUCUAGACUUAGAUGAAAGUAUAGUUCCAGAAAAUGGAGGAACCAUACCUGACUUACUUGAUACAAUUAAAGGAGAAAACAUAUCAGAUUAUGGGGUGGAGAAUCGAUUUUAUUCCUUAGACUCAAGGACAGAUAUUUCAGAGAUCAGGAAAUAUUUUGGAAAUACUAGUAUCCCUGAACUCCAGGAGGCAUUGCACUUGAAGCAAGAUACGAGUGAAUGGAAGUAUGGGAUUCGGAGUAAGUUUAUAAUACGUCCUAGUUUUGUACACCAGCUUACAGUUCAUUAUGCUUUGAGUAUUCUUGAAGGUUUUCAUACCUUUGUUUUUCCAUCUGAUGACGUUGUGGUUCGACAUUACAGGAAGGACCCUCCAUACGCUCCUGUUCCUGGCGUUGUUGAGCUUCCAAAACCAGGAUAUAUUAAACAUGUAAAACAACUCAUGUUUAGAGUCAAUCAAACAUGUGAAAUAUUUCACCAGCAAAACAUUUUAAAUUGUACAUUUAUAGAUUUGUAUUAAUACAUUAUUGAUGAUUGAUACUGCAGUUUGUCAAAUCAAAAUAAAAUAAUAUUGAUUAAUGAUUGACGGUUGUGCUGGUGUAGAAUUAAACAUAAAAAAAACCGUUUUUGCGACUUUGAUUAAAAUUGUACAGGGUUACUCAUAAAGGAUGAGAUUAAAAAUACCACUCAAAAAUCUUCUAAUAUGACAGAAUCUGAAUGUUAGAUUUAAACUUAUGUCUUCAAUGCAGUCUUAUAAUGGUUUACUGAAUGGGUUUAUAAUUAAGAAAGCUUUAGUUUUCAAAUGCAGGAAAGCAUGGAUGUAAAAAGAACUUAAUAAAUUCCCUGCAGUCGUCACUAAAAUUUCAUCCGUUGUGGGCAACCCUGUACAAGAAGUUGCUAUUUCAAAUUACAGCAACAAUUUGCACAGUUUAAAAAUGUCCACAACAACGACGACAUUUAUAAUCUUCAUCGGAAAAAGGAAUAUUUCACGUUAGAAUAUAUUUUGACUCAUUUUGAACGUCCCAAUAAACAUGGGAAUUCAGUGAAGAAUUCCGAUAUCGUCUUUUUAAAUUAUUCUUUGAUUUCGUAUAGUGGUACCGUCUGAGAAAGCCUAAUCCGUAAGAUUUUCGUCUGCAAUGUGUACAAAUUGUAUGUUUUUGUUUUGACUGCAUAAGGGUGUACUUA